AUGACUUCGCAUCCAAUCGCGGUGAACAUGCACAUGUCUAAAGACGAGGCCGCAGAAACGAUGAGAAAACAUAAAUUGCACCAUUUGCUCGUGACAGACGACGAAGGGAAGUUUUACGGCUUAAUCUCAUCUUUCGACAUCGCGCGGGAGACGGCGUUAGACGCCAAAGCAUGGUAUGUCAUAAUCAACUUAGCUUCUGUAUACGCAUGA